AUGGCGGCUGCUGCGGCUGCACCGCAGCGAUCGCGUGCGGGGUCGAGAGUGGCGGCGGCGGCGGCGGCGCAGUACGACCAGGACGGGCGUCUCAUCGAGGUGGAGACGCGAGAGGAUGAAGAGCAAGGCGUCAAACUAUCAGAGAUCCUUGAGCUGUUAGUUGCUGCUGGCUACUUCCGUGCUCGCAUCAAGGGGCUCUCAUCUUUCGAUAAGGUGGUUGGAGGAAUGACAUGGUGCAUCACUACGUGUAGUGUUGACAUUGAUGUUGACUUGCUCUUCCAGGAAAACUCCACCAUCGGCCAAAAGAUAGCCUUGACUGAGAAGAUAGUGUCUGUUUUGCCGAGCAUGAAGUGUCCUCAUCGGAUUGAACCCCAUCAAAUCCAGGGUUUAGACUUCAUACACAUAUUCCCUGUUAUCCAGUGGUUGGUGAAGAGGGCCAUAGAGACACGAGAGGAAACGGGCGACCACAUUAGGGCUUUCUCCAUCUCCCAGUUUAACAAGAGCCGCAGACUUCCAGAGGAUGAGGAAUUUUUGGAGCGGAAGGGAAAGGCGACCAUGGCUUUGCUAGCUGCUGCUGAGGAAUACAAACCCCAGAGACGAUACCGGCGACAAGUUGGAACAGACUCUCUUCUGGAUGAAGAGUCACGUGUGCAGUCUACGCUUCUAGAGUAUGGCAGGAGGUAUUGCUUUAUUCAAAACAAGAAUGAGAAGGUGGAUGACCGGAAAAAAUCUGUGCCAGGUGCCGCAGCAGUAGGGAAAGCACAGACAACUGAGGAAGAGGAGCUGCAGGCUGCUGAUGAGAUUCGCAUCAAGACUCUGAUGAGCAGCAUGGCUGCCAUGGCAACAGAGGAAGGGCGUUUAACAGCCAGCACAGUUGGUCAAAUUGUUGGUCUUCAGUCAGAGGAGAUCAAACAGAUUGCUUCAGAAUAUGCAGAAAAGCAAUCAGAGCUGGCAGGCGAAGAGAAGACAGAGAGGCUUGGUCCAGUACAGCAGCACAAACGCUUGGUUGUUUCGCUUGGCAAGCAGAUUUCUCAGAAGGAACUCCAGCUGGAGGAGAUAAAGGCCAAGCAUACUGAGUUGAAAGUUGCCUUUGAAGCUGCGAAAGAGAAGCUUAUGGAGGUCGAGAAGCAGGGAGAUAGUCUCAGGAAGGAGAUGGGACAGUUGGAUUCCAUGGAGAGCCAGGCUGAUUCAGCUGUCUUGCAGAAGCUGAGAGCCCUGGUGGCUAUGAAUGAAAGCCUCAAGAGUCAAGAGCACGAGUUCCGUGCUCACUGCAAGGAAGAAUUGACACGUCUACAGAGCAGCAUUGAAGAGUUAAAGCUUCAGACCAACAAUACGACUGGAGAAGAGGCUGAACAAGACCAGUUGAUUGAAAAGCAAUACCGCACGGAUAUCGACAAACUGCAGAAGAUACGCAUGCUCUUGGGGAGGAGAAACCGAGAGAUUGCCAUCUUGCAGCGCAAGAUUGAUGAAGUCCCCAGCCGGGCUGAGCUGACUCAGUACCAGCGUCGCUUUGUCGAGCUCUACAGCCAGGUGGCUGCCACCCAUAAAGAGACAAAGCAAUUUUAUACUUUGUACAACACGCUGGAUGACAAGAAGCUGUAUCUGGAAAAAGAGGUUAAUUUGCUGAAUUCCAUCCAUGACAACUUCCAGCAGGCCAUGGCUUCACAAGGUGGCAGAGAGCAGUUUCUGAAACAGCUGGAGCAGAUUGUGGAGGGGAUCAAGCAAAGCCGUGUAAAGGUGGAAAAGAAACGUCAGGAGAAUAAGAUGAGAAGGGACCAACUUAAUGAUGAACAUCUUGAUCUCCUGGACAAACAACGCCUUUAUUUCAAAACCGUGAAGGACUUCAAAGAGGAGUGUCAAAAUGAAAUUCUUCUGUCCAAGCUCAGGGCAAAGAAUAUGGCCUAA